AUGGCGAAUGACCUAGUCGAGCACUGCUCCAAAUUGGCUAUAACAAAUGAAGAAGACGACGUGGUAGAUCUUGAAAACUGUGAGGAUAAUUCCCACAAUGAGAAAUUAUCCUUGCGGUUGGUGGGUAGAAUUCUAACAUCGAAACCCUUGAACUUCGACGCUGUAAGACGUACCCUCCUACACAUAUGGAAUUUGAAGGAAGGUGUGUUGCUUGUUCUCCGAGAAAUCGACCAAGAACAACAACCGGGUGAUAUAGUUUUAAACUUUUCUUCCUUUUGGAUUCGAUUAUACAACCUCUCAUUUGGGUAUAGAUCGGAUGAAAAGGUGAGAGCCAUUGCGAAGGCGAUUAGUGAAGUUAUGGAACUCGAAGAAUAUUUUCUUGAUAUUAACCCUUAUCGUAGGUUAAGGCUUUGGCUUGACAUCACCAAGCCAUUGAAGAGAUAUCAAAUGAUACGGCUGAAAAUAGGAAACACUGUGAGGAUUACUCUGAUGUAUGAACGGCUUCCUCACUUUUGUUUCUUGUGUGGUUUACUGACAUACACGGAGAAGGAUUGCUCAUAA